GACACAAACACAAACGGCCAAAAGGUGAAAAGAAUUCGAUCUCACAAUUUGCAUGACCCCUUUUUCUUCGGCAGUUAUUUGGUUCCAAUUUUCCAUCACUCGGAUCGCAUGUGAUUUCGUUUCUGCCUAUACCCAUUUGCUCAUUUGCCUUGAGUUCUUGUUUAGAUUCAGAUUUCUGGUUAUAAUAGAUUUUUUAUGAAUUUCUGAAGACUGCAUUCUUUUGUUUCUAUUAGAGCUAUGGCUGUGGUUAUGUAUGUUCAAUUCCAAAUGGGUUGAUGUAUUUUUCCGUGGGGGAUUAUGCAUCAAAUUCUGAAAAAAUGCAUUUUGUUUUUCUAUUACACAUAUGGCUGUGGUUAUGUACGUUCAAUUUCAAUAUGGGUUGUUGUAUUCUUACGUGGGGGACUUGAAUUUUUGGGGGAUACCCAUGUCUGCAACCAUCUCUCAUUGCCCUGAAUUUCAAUUAAAUUGCUCACUUUAACGUGUGGGAUACGAUUUAAGGGAUACCCAUAUUUCAUUUCCCUAUUUUAAAUUGUCAAAAUUCUGAUUUCUUGGUUGUUACUCAGCGAAAAACUAACUUGAUGGUAUCUUGGAGCAAAAUACUCUGCCUCAUUUUUCUUGGAUUCUUGUUUCUUUCAAUUACAGUAAUAUUUCCCAAUUUUUAGCUGGAAAUUUGAUUUCCUCUCUCUCCGCCCCAAGAAAAUGUCUCUACCGUUUCCAUAUUGUUAUCUAUGUCAGUAUGUCUACUCAGAUACUUUUAGUUCAACCUGGUUUCACUACUUUGACAGUAUUUUUGUUUGUUUUUCUUUCUAAACUUGUCAAUGGGGCUGCUUUUUAAGAUAAUUUGAUGUUAAUGUUUAUUUUGGUUGGUUGGAUGAAUCAUUGAUAUUAUUUGCAGGGUGUGUGUGUGUGUGUGUCUCCUUUUAUUGAUGAGCUAAGGGGCCUCCAUGGAACCAGGAAAUAUGGACUUCGAUACCAACGGUUGGAUGUGGGACGGUGUCCAUUACUACCCACAUCUUUUUGGUGGUAUAAUGCUUACUGCAGCUUUGCUCGGCUUGUCAACCAGCUUUUUUGGUGGGAUUAGUGUUACUAAUUUGCCAUAUUUCCUUCCUGAUUUGGGGAUGUUUCACAAGAAGAAAAGCGGAAAGAAACACGUUCGGGUUUACAUGGAUGGGUGUUUUGAUCUUAUGCAUUACGGCCAUGCAAAUGCAUUGAGGCAAGCAAAGGCUUUGGGAGAUGAAUUGGUGGUUGGAGUUGUUAGUGAUGAGGAGAUUAUAACCAAUAAGGGACCCCCUGUUUUGUCCAUGGAAGAGAGGCUUGUCCUUGUUAGUGGGUUGAAGUGGGUGGAUGAAGUCAUUGAUAAUGCUCCUUAUGCUAUUACGGAGGAAUUUAUGAAUCGUCUCUUCAACGAACACAAGAUUGAUUACAUUAUACAUGGUGAUGAUCCUUGCUUACUUCCAGAUGGAACUGAUGCGUAUGCCCUGGCAAAGAAAGCUGGGCGCUAUAAGCAGAUCAAACGCACUGAAGGCGUAUCAAGCACAGAUAUUGUAGGAAGGAUACUUGCUUCUGCAAAAGACAUGAAAGUUUACGAAGGUUGUGAAGGAUCAUCUCUGCAUGGAGAACCUCAUAACCUAAAUAGCAUUCAGGGUGAGGAAAGUUGCACCAACGGUGGCCACAUAUCACAUUUUUUACCUACUUCUAGGCGGAUUGUGCAAUUUUCAAAUGGUGGCAAGGGGCCUGGUCCAAAUUCUCGAGUGGUAUACAUUGAUGGAGCAUUUGAUCUUUUUCAUGCUGGACACGUUGAAAUACUCAAAAGUGCCGGGAAACUUGGAGAUUUUCUACUUGUUGGUAUCCAUAGUGACCAGAUAGUCAGUGAACAGAGAGGGACUCACCAUCCUAUUAUGCAUCUACAUGAGCGUAGUCUUAGUGUAUUGGCCUGUCGUUAUGUUGAUGAAGUCAUCAUUGGCGCACCUUGGGAAGUUACAAGAGACAUGAUAACAACUUUCAACAUCUCUUUGGUUGUGCAUGGGACAGUUGCUGAGAGCAACCAUUUCUGGAAUGGUAAGGCUGACCCAUAUGAAGUUCCCAAGAGCUUGGGAAUGUUUCAGAUGCUAGAAAGCCCGAAGAACAUAACUACCACUUUAGUAGCACAAAGGAUAAUGGCUAAUCAUGAAAUUUAUGUGAAACGAAAUGCCAAGAAGGAAGCUAGUGAGAAAAAAUACUACGAAGAGAGGAAAUACGUGUCCGGGGAUUGAAGGCUCCGCUCAAACUUCAUACAGGUAGCUGUAAUGAUUUUUCUUGGCUUUAACCCAUUUGUGAGGCCCCCGUUGUUGUACCAUAUAAAGCUUUUGUAUAACAGAUGGAGAAAGAGGAUAGACAUGGAAUAAUAUGCCCUCGUGGAAAGACUGCAACAUGGUAGAGUAGAAAUCCCUCAUUAUAAGCUGUAUUUCUUGUACUUGCACAAAUGAAUGAUCUGAGCCCAGGUUUUUGGUGUUCUAAUCAUCUAAAGGGUUCUGAAUUUUGAUUGGUUGAAACACGUGAGAUGAGUCUUUUUGAAAGCAA